CCCGUCAUUCAAUAAUAAUUUGAACCAGUGGAAAGAGAGAGUGCAGGAGGAGAGCCUUCGAAGUUCGAGGUCUCGUAGCUAAGCGCGAUAUAAGCUUGUUCAAUUGCCAUAAUUUCUACUUUUAAUAAAAAUCAUGGCGCAAGAUUCAGAGAAGAGGUUCCAUUCGAUUAUGGACAAGCUCUUCUACGCUCCCAAAUCCGUACCAAGCUCCUCCAGAAAGCGUCCAAAUACAUCAUCGGCGUUGCCACUAAUGGAACUCAAACGGAGAGGGGAUAUAGUUGAGGGAUCGCAGCAGCAGUCAUCAGCUUCGGCUGGAACGUCUCAAGCUCCGCUGUGCAGGCCGUGGGACCGUGGAGACCUUAUGAAAAGAUUAGCCACUUUUAAGUCGAUGACAUGGUUUGCUAAACCCAAGGUUGUCAGUGCUGUGAAUUGUGCUAGGAGAGGCUGGGUCAAUGUAGAUAUGGAUAUCAUAGCUUGUGAAGCAUGUGGGGCACGCCUCCUCUUUUCCACUCCUUCAUCUUGGACCCAGCAGCAAGUUGAGAAAGCAGCCUUGGUAUUCAGCUUAAAACUAGACAAUGGACAUAAAUUACUCUGUCCAUGGAUUGACAAUGCCUGCGAUGAAGCACUGGCACGGUUUCCACCCAUGACACCUCCAGUUUUAGUUGAUAAAUACAGAGAACGUUGCUCUGCCCUCUUAGAAAUUUCAGCUCUUCCUGUAAUAUCAUCUUCAGCCAUUGAAUGGAUGAGAAGCCCUCAGCUGGAGCUGUUUCUUGAACAGUCUUCAAUGCAGGAAUGCGGCGAUGGAUCUGCCGUCAGUUAUCCAGUAGAAUAUCUUGACAAUGAGUGUAAUGCAGAGUCUGCUAAUUUGUAUUAUCAGGCACAAAAGCUCAUAAGUUUAUGUGGCUGGGAAUAUCGUUCACUACCUUAUGUGGUCAACUCCAAGGAUGGAGCUUAUCAGUCUGCUGAAAAAUCAAGUAAAGUAACUUCAUCUCAUAUUGUCAUCAAUAGACAGAACCCUUGCGUCAAUCUUGAGUCUGCCAGUAUCAAGGAAAUUAUGGAGGCAGAUGAAAAUGCCAAUGUUUCUACUCGAGUACAAUCUGAUCCCAAUUCUGUUGUCUUAGAUUGCAAGCUUUGUGGAGCCAGUGUAGGAUUAUGGGCUUUCUCUACAAUUUCACGGCCUAUGGAGUUACUCAGAUUAGUUGGUAACAUAGAUGUCAAUAGGGAAAAUGAUUAUGGAACCCAUGACUCAGGGAGUGUAGCCUCAAAUGGUGCAAUAUCAUUGAAGGAGAGACCAACUAAUUUAAAUUUGACUAUUGCAGGGGGUCCUCUACCAACAGGACAAAAUUUUAAAGCAACAAUUUCUUUGCCUGUUAUUGGCAGGAAUUUAAGGGCUCGGUUUUCUUAUGAUUCUGAGUUUAGAGAUCGUAUAGGUGCUAACCAAGAAGGUGUUCAAUCUGAUUCUCAGAAUAAGAACAUGUUUCAGGAGAAAAAUGACCACACAGAGAACACCCCUGGUGAACAAAUUGUUCGGCAAGAAUUGGGGCUGAUAGAGAGUGAAAAACAUCAUGAUGGACUGGGUAGUUCUACCGGCAAUGACCAGAUAUUUUGUUUGAGCCAUGAUAUUAGUGAAAAAGGUGAAGCUCUUGGAAAAGAGGACAACAAUAAGAUGCCAUUGGAAGCAACAAGUUUCUCUGGGCAAGAAGGAUCUUCACCUGGAGUUGGUAUGCAGGAUUCUACUAAAGAAAAUCUGAUUGAGAGCACAGAGAAUGUGGUACAGAGUUCCUGUCAGAAUGGUAAGUGUCCUGAAAAUUUAGAUAAUGCUAUAUCGGAUACUUCAGCUGCAGAGGAUCCUAGUAGCUCUCAGAUUAUAGACCCUGCUGUUGUGGCACCAGAAGCCAAUGUCACAAGUAGAAAUGGUGAAAAUAGCAAAGAUGAGUCAUCAGUGAUGGUUGCAUCCGGCAACUGCAGUUUGCAACAGUUGUCAGGAACAGAUAUACAAAACAAAGAAAGUUCUUUAGCUACCCGUAGCAUGCAAACUUCUGAAAACAAUGAAUUUUUUACCUGUCCUACAGGAAAAAAUCCAAAGCGAGUAAGGUCGGACAAAGCAAUGGAGUUUGACCCAAUCAGGCAGCACAGACAUUUUUGCCCCUGGAUUACAUCAACUGACAACGGGGCACCUGGAUGGCAACAAACACUGUCUGCUUUACUACGUCAGAAAGGGUUAUCUCCUUUACCUCGGAAUUCUCCGUCUGCCUUCACAAUUGAGGUGGAUGAUCCUAUCGCUUCAGUUAGGAGGCUUUUUAUGUCUCCGUCAGCAAAAAGAACAAAGAUGUCUCCUCCUUCCAGCUGAUUUUGCUGUGCCCUCAAUGGUCUAUGGGGAAAAAAAAAAAAAAAAAAAAACAUGAUACUGGGUGAUGUUUGAUUUCUGCCCUUUCUAUUCGGUAGAACUGUUGUGAGCUUGAGAUGAUGCAUUUCUCCUGACAUGCGAUCAAUUUUGGGAACACCUGAAAAUGUUGUAUUUUUACAGUUAAAUAGGUCUGUCAAAAUAAAGUUUAUCACCAAACUACUGCUUGUACCUUAUUUUGGAGGCAACUUACAAUGUCAAAAAAGAGUGUAUUGAGGUUUUUUUAGGGAUAA